UCGACUCGACGUGCAGCAGCAGUUCGGCUUUCGUAGCGCUAUAAGAAGGGCACGGAAUCGUUCUUUCUUUUUUGUCUUUUCUUUUUUUUUUUCGCACGUUUCUUUUCGAGUGUAUCAUGUUUCCGUUGUAAUUUCGUGAUUCGCGCCAAUGCCAACGAUCGAUUGUAAAAGCGCGACGACGACUUUGACGGCGAAGGUUUUGAAAUAAUUGGCGGGAAACGACGUGUAAUACACACAGGCCGACGUAAUUGUAUGCCAUCAUCUCUCGACACGAUGCACGAUGCGACUGGCCAGCAUACAAAAAGUCGGAGCGGCCGGUUCCUGCUUCUUUCUGCUCGGCCUGAUCAUGCAGACGCAGAUCUCGCCGGCUCUCCUCCAGUACGCCACCAAGAAGAGCGUCUGCCUGAAAGAGGGAAACAUGUUCCGCUCCAUAUGGUCGAAGCUGCCCUUCGCCAUUGAGUUUCGCGUCUACAUGUUCAACGUGACAAAUCACGAGGACGUCGAGGCCACGGGUGCCAAGCCGAUCGUGCGCGAGAUCGGCCCCUACGUUUACGACAUGUGGCACGAGAAAAUCAAGCAGAGGGAUCGGGACGAGGACGACACGGUGGCGUUCAUGGUCAAGGACACGUUCUACUACAACAAGACCAAGAGCAAAAAGUUGACCGGCGACGAGGAGAUCAUCGUGCCGCACUACUUCAUGCUCGGCAUGAUACACACGAUACUCAGGGUGCAUCCGACCACCCUGCCGUUGAUCGUCAAAGGCCUGAACAGCAUAUUCCGCAAGCCCAGCAGCAUGUUCAUCAAGGCCAAGGUCAGGGAGAUACUGAUCGACGGCCUGCCGAUCGACUGCAACGUGACGGACUCGGCGGGCCUGGCCAUCUGCAACGAGCUCCACGCCAAGUGGGAGGAGUACCACCUGAAGAAGCUCGACACCAAGACCUUCGCCCUGUCGGUCAUCGGAUGGAUGAACGCGUCGGAGGACGGCGACGAGUACCGGGUGAAGCGGGGCAUCGCCGACGUCAUGGAGGUCGGCAAGAUCGUGGCGCUCAACGACCAGGACAAGCUGUCGGUCUGGGACGACGAGGUCUGCGACUCGUUCCACGGCACCGCGGGCAUACUGUACCAGCCGUUCUUCGACAAGACCGGCAAGGACGUGCUGGCGAUCUUCGCCUCGGAGCUCUGUCGCAGCCUCGUCGUCUAUUACGAGUCGAUCGGCCAGUUCAAGGGCAUGCGCACGCUGAGGUACACGGCGGACUUCGGCGUGGACGUGGACAGCCAUCCGCAUCAUCGCUGCUACUGUCACAAGUCGGCCAGCUGCCAGAUGAAGGGCAUAUUCGAUCUGUACAAGUGCGUCGGGACGCCGAUAAUCGUCAGCCAUCCGCACUUCUUCGACGCCGAUCCGUACUUCAUCACGACCGUCGAGGGCCUGUCCACCGAUAAGAAAAAGCACAAAAUAAUCGCCGAUUUUCAUCCGUCCACGGGAGCCCUGAUAAACGCCAACUUCCGGGCCCAGGUGAACAUGUUCCUGACCAAGGUCGAGAAGUUCAAGCUGAUGCGCAACUUUCCCGAGGCGCUGCUGCCGCUGUUCUGGGUCGACAACGUCGUCAUACUACCCAAGUGGAUACUGCGAAUACUGAAGAUGAGCGACAAAAUCAUCACCUCGAUGGAACUCGUCAACUUCACGAUGAUAUUCGGCGGCCUGGCGAUGCUGCUCUUCGCCGUGUUCCAGUAUCAGCAGUCGAUCCACGUGACGAGCCUCGUGCUCGAGCAGAAGAGCACGCAGACCGACGCGCAGGCUGGCUCGACGGGGCCGGCGGACGGUCACGACGACCACGCGGCGCAGCAGCAGAAUCUGGUGAUGACGCUGACCAGAAACGUCGAUCGCGAGGCCGACGAGCUGGCCGAGGGCCGAGCCAAGACGGCCGUUUACCAUCAGAACAGCAUCUCCGUGCAGCCGAGAGCCUACUCGUCUUACUUGGAAUAGUGUGGGAUAAUACGGCGCGCGACGACGUUAAACUUCUUUUUGCUUCUUCUCCUUUUUCUAUCCAAUUUUUGUACUGUAUACAUUUACAAAUGCUGAUGUUUUCAAAUAUCUCCGUUAAUUAAUUAUAUCAUGUAUUAUAAUACGUAAAUAAACGAGAAAAACAUUUUA